UCCGAUGAAACGUGAACGCCGGCGCUGGUUGCUGUGCUCUCGUCUUCCGGGGGGAAACGAAAACUGUCGCCGGGGAAACGCGCGAUUAAAUGCCUUCUUCUUUCUGAUCCGAGAGAGGAAAAAAUUCCGGAUUAGGGUUUCUCGUCUGGUUCUCUCUUGGGUUUCGUUUCUCGGUGGAAAUUUCGCACCCUCCCCCGAAAAGAAAGUUCUGAUUUAGGGUUUUGGGAAUCUCCUCUCCGCGUCCGGAGAUGGACGGGCGGGAUCGGGCCGGCGAUGAUCGGACGUUCAAGGUCAAUUUCACCACUGAGGGCGUGUCGAAGCUCCGGGAUAGGGUGAACGAGAAGCUCAAGGAGUUCAUGGGGGAUUACACCGACGACACCCUUGUGGAAUAUGUUAUUGUCUUGCUCAGGAAUGGCAGGCGCAAAGAUGAGGCCAAGAAGGAACUGGAUGUGUUUUUGGGGGACGACAGUGUCUCUUUCAUAUCCUGGCUCUGGGAUCAUCUCUCUUCAAAGUUGCAUCUGUAUGUGCAGCCACAAGAACCUUUUCCUGAUGAAGCGGUUAGGACCAGUUCCUUAUCGAAUCAACUGUUGGGGAGAGACAGUUCCCAACAGGAGCAUCUGACUGGUAGUGUGCAGACUGAUUCUGAGUGUGAGAGAGAAAAGUUGACUAAAGUGUCUAGAAGUCGGCACAAUAGGGAGUGGAAAGGAUUGGUGCGGGAGAAUACUGAAGUAUUUCCUCUUCGAAGCAUUGUGACUGACAUUUUGCACUCCGAGGAAAAAACUCACCACAGAACUAAUCAUGAUAGACAAUCUUAUUCUCCUGAGCCUCAAGUUCACAAAAAGCGGAGCAGAGAGGAUGGACGGCAACAAACUAAGAGAGAGUCAGCUUCCCAUCCAAUGAUUGGUGCUCCGUGCCGGCUUCUUCAAUUUGCUGUUCGAGAUGCUGUGAGGACUGUGCAACAAUCAAACUCUAAAACUGAGCCAGCUCCUAAACGACUUCGUUCUGUGGUUUCCACAACCACUACAGAUUCUGUGCAGGAUAGGAGACCCCAGAGAACAAAAUCUGUUGCAAGAGUGCCGGGUGCUGUGUCAAGUGCACUCAAAGCUGCAGCAGAAGCUGCUGAGGAUGUACUAAAGGUUAGACCUCCGCGUAGUGUUUUUGAUAGAUUGGGUCAUGGUAUUGACACUGUGGAGCCAGUUAAUCAGUCGUCAGAUUUUAGAGCACCGGACGUGGAAGAUGGAGAGUAUGAAGAUUUUGACCAGGUUCCAGCAUCAAACCAUGUUGGUUAUCAUGAAAGAAGUGACUAUAACAGGAAGUUUGCCGGAGAUAUGACUAUGGCAGACAGGGAAACUGGGAUGGAUGAUGAUUCUGCCUCGGAUAAUGAUGGAUAUGAUGUAGGUAUUGUAAGACAUCGCGGUUCAGAUGCUUCUCAAAGUGCCUCUUCUGGUCACAAGGACAAAAAAUCACUGAUGGUGGAGUCUAGUGUUGCACAGAAUGCUGAUGAAGUAGUUAGGAAAACAAGAGUGAUGGAUCAGGAUCCACCUGCUAGUUCAGCAGCAAUGACAUCUAGCAAGAUUGUAAAUAUAUCUGUUAAUGUGAAUACAUGGAAACCUCCCGACUACCAAAUGCCCAGGGAUGUUGCUGAGGCGGAGAAUCAAAUGACUGUAGAAAAGAGUGAGAUCGAUGCAGGGAAGCCCAAUGUUAGGCUGCCAAAGGAGAAUGAUGCUACUAUGGCCAAGAAUAUAAAAGAAAUGGAGCGUGCAGAUGUCCAAGGGUCUCAGAGGACUACGUCGACACCUGGUUCAUAUACAGCUGGCCUGCCUUCCGAUGGUGUUGAUUCUCGAACUCUCUUUGUCAGCAAUGUCCACUUUGCUGCCACUAAAGAUAGUCUUUCUCGUCAUUUCAAUAAGUUUGGAGCGGUGCUGAAAGUAAUAAUUGUGACUGAUCCUGCAACUGGCCAACCCACAGGGUCAGCCUAUGUAGAGUUCUUGAAGAAAGAAUCGGCGGAGUCGGCAUUAUCUCUGAAUGGCACAUCAUUUAUGUCUCGUAUUCUGAAGGUUGUUCGAAGCAGCUCUCAUGAAACUGCUCCGAUGGUGGGUUGGCCCCUCAUUUCACGAGGUUCUCCAUUUGCUCCUAAGCUCUCCAGAAUACCAUAUCCAAGGGGUGCGAUUGCUGGUGCCUUUCGAGCCCGCCUCCCAGUUAAGCCUGGAGCCCGGAGCCUCCAGUGGAAGCGUGAAGCUUCGAGUUCUCAGCCCACUGAGGGCACCAAAGGUCCUCCUAAUUCCUCACUAAACUCCAGAAACAGUGCUCUCUCUCCAACUGCACGAAGUCUCACCUAUACCCGGACUGAACCAAAAGCAGAUGCGAAUUCUGGUCCAGCAUAGUUAUUGCAUGUAAAAGGAAAGGAUGACAAAGGGUUCGGCUUGGAGUCUUUAACUUUUUUUCUGUUUUGUGUAUGAUUUGGCAUGCAAAAGACAGCUACGGGCAACAUUGAAGAUGGAGAUGGAGGCUUUCUUAUGACUUCUUGCUUCUGGGGUAGCUCUUUGUAGAUGGAGAUGGGUAAAGAGCUCCAACUUUCGGCCUGUAGUUAUAGAAAAUUGAGACAAGGUUCGAUCUUUUCUAUAUGUCGCUUUUGAUAUUAAAGAACCGUGCUGAGGGAGGUCUGUGAAUAAAGGGGAAGUUUUAGGAAAUAUGUGGGUGCCGAGAUUAAUUUUUCUCAGUCAGUCAAACAAACCACCUUUUCUUUUAAUAUAUUCAGUGGAUCAUAAGAUUAAGUUAUCCUGGUCUUUCUGGUGUCAUGUCUUUUUAAGUCGAGAACCUGUGAAUUGGGGAGCGCAUCUUUUCAAAUAUAUGAUUUUAGUUUCAUAA